GCCCUCGCUCCCUCCCUCCCUCCCUCCCGUGGCCGUUCCCGGCGCUCCGGGAGAGGAAGCUGCGCGGACCGGGCGGAGGGCGAAAGUGACCCUCCGGGGCGUGGCGGGCUGGGGAUGCUGGGAGUGGAGGUCCACAGGGGAGCGCGGUUGGGGUGCGGUGCUCCGAGGCCCCGGGGUCUGCUUGCCCGGCCCUGGGAGGGGCCCCCGCCGGGCGCUUUCACACCGCAGUAAGGGAAUUCCAGGCAGUCCUCGAGUUACGACCACAACAGCCUCAGUGAGUGUUGCCCCGUUUUACGACCUUUCCUGCCACAGCUGUGAAAUGAAACCCUGCAGCUGUUCAGGCAGUAACUCUGUUGUUAAGCGAAUCUGGCUUCCCCCUGGACUUUGCGUAUCGGAUGGUCGCCAAUGGGGAUCGCGUGAGUCCCAGGACGCUGACUGCAGCCGUCGUAAAUCGGAGGGCUGAGCAACCUGCUCUACAAGUGCUCCUUGCCGGACCAGGUUGUGACCACCGAGGACGAGCCGCGCCAGGUGCUGCUGCGUGUGUACGGCAUCAUCCUCCAGGGGGUUGACUCAUUGGUUCUCGAGAGCGUCAUGUUUGCCAUCCUGGCCGAGCGGGCCCUGGGACCACAGCUGUACGGCAUCUUCCCGCAGGGACGCCUGGAGGAAUACAUCCCUAGCCGCCGGCUGGUCACGGAGGACCUGCCGAAGCCCAGCAUCUCGGCGGAGAUCGCGGUGAAGAUGGCCCGCUUCCACGGCAUGGUGAUGCCCUUCAACAAAGAGCCCAAAUGGAUGUUUGGGACCAUGGAGAGGUACCUGAAGCAGAUCUCCGAGCUCACCUUUUCCCAGGAGGCCCAGCGGCACAAGCUGAACCAGCUGAAGGCCUACAACCUGGAGGCCGAAAUGCGCAGCCUCAGGACGCUGCUGGAGGCCACGCCGUCCCCCGUGGUUUUCUGCCACAACGACGUGCAAGAAGGGAACAUCCUCCUCCUGGCUGGCCGCGAGGCCUCCUCCAGGGACCGGCUGAUGCUGAUCGACUUUGAGUACAGCAGCUACAACUACCGGGGCUUUGACAUCGCCAAUCACUUUUGCGAGUGGGUCUACAGCUACGCCCACAACGAGUGGCCGUUCUACAAAGCCAGCCCGGAGAACUACCCCAGCCCCGAGCAGCAGCUGCACUUCAUCCGGUGUUACCUGGAGGAGACAGGUGGGAAGGCUGCCCCACCCUCGCUGGAGGAGCAGAAGCGCCUAGAGGCCAAGAUGCUUCUGGAGAUCAGCCGGUUCACCUUGGCCUCCCAUUUCUUCUGGGGCCUGUGGUCUAUCCUGCAGGCCAAGAUCUCCACCAUUGAGUUUGGCUACCUGGAAUAUGCCCAGUGCCGCUUUGAGGCUUACUUCCAGCAGAAGGCCAGGGGCGAGUGACCGUUGGCUGGCCGGUGGCCAGGAGACCAGCCUGACUGGGGGCAACAUAUCAGACAGGUGGGGCUGAAGAACCAAGAUUGGGGGGGUGGCUGGCCAGCCCCCUUGCAAGACGUGCUAUCUGCACGUGAGCUUCGGGACCACUUGGAGAUGCCCGGAUUUAUUCAGUGAACCUAAUUUUGGGGGGCUCCUGCGAGCGCAUGCGGUCAACCUCAGUAUCCUUCUGGAUCGGAUGAGGGGUGGGAGGCGCCAUGCUUCAGGGAAUCAACGCUUCCUCAGCAGUCGGUUGCGGCCCAGGUGGAUGGAAGGAUAUCAUAUCUACAGCCAGUCACGUGGGGAGGGGGUCCUCCGGGCUCCAUGCUUCGCCGUCUCCUGCUGAACAUCUGCAUGAAACCGCUGGGUGGGAGGGUCUCCCAGGCCAACAGGAAGUAGGCAACAGGGGCAAAUAAAUGACCUGACCCCCGUGUGAACUUCGCACCUGAGGGCCUCGUUGCUCCCACCUGACAGUAUGCCAAUGAUACCCAUCUCUCCCCCCCCCCUCCCCGUUCAGGUAUGUUCCCGUCCUUGGCCUUGGAGGGGGCUGCAUUUCCCCAUUCCAGACUGGGGCGCAGCCUGGGGGUCCUUCUGCCACAAGAGAAGCCUUCGCACUUUUCAUCCUGUGCACCAGUUGCCCCCUUUCCCUUCCCUUCAGUCGUGUCCUGGUCACCCCACAGAUUGCUGUAAUGAGGUUUGCAUGGCGCUACCCUUGGAGACUAUCCAGAAGCUACUGUGCACACAGUAAUGGGCGCCUUUCAGGCACCCCUCAGUCACCAUUGCAACGGGUGCUGUGCUGGCUGACAGUCGACGUCCCGAGUGCCGGUCACUGGCUCCGACACUCUGCAGGUCAGAGAACCAGAGGGCCUGCUAGUCUCUGGUCAUUUCUGGGUAUGCGCCAAGUUUCCCUUCCCCCCCCCCCCCGAAGCACUGCCAGCUUGUUGGACCUGGGAAGCCCAGCUUCUCCUUGGAGGGCCCCACCCCUGCCCCAGCCCCCUCCAGAGACAAGGACGGCACCCCUCACCUGGGGCUGCAGAAAGUUUUGAAAACUUGGCUUUGAUUCCCAGCCAGAGGCUGCUUAUGAUGCUCGGUGGGCCCCGUUUCCUGCUGAUUCUGUUGUCGAUUUUACUCUGGGCUAAUAAAUUGAUGAAUUUAUGAGGGACGCCGGUGACACCCCCCCCCCCCAGAGCUUGCUUGCUGUCCGUUCUCAGGGCAGCCCGUCACUCAAGCACUGAAAUGCAGCUGUUGAUGAAGGCUUUGCACUCUCGGUCAGAAUAUUGUACAAAAUAAAAAAAUGUUUAUUUGUAGAAAGCA